AGCAAGUAUUCAAGACCAAGUAGAUUAAGGAGUGCUGGUACCGGAGUUACGUGUACGGAUGAGAGUUGCUGACUGGGGAACGUCGUUUAUUGCAUUUUCGUUGUAUGUAAACAGAGCAACGAACAACCCUGUGAUAGACACUCGAAAUUUUGGAAGUAUCACAAUGAGUACACUGAAAUUACCACAAAGAAUAAAUGGAGUUUUAUUAGACAUAACAGGUGUUCUCAAGGACGGAUCGUCUGCCAUACCUGGCUCUGUCGAGGCUGUAAAUAGGUUGAAAAAAGCCGGGCUGGCCAUUAAGUUACUAACGAAUGAAACUCAGGUUACUAGAUCGUCGUUAUGUUUGACGUUAUCAAAAAUGGGUUACUGCGUUACGGAACAUGACAUUAUUCCGCCAUGCCCUGCUCUGGUUGACCUUUUACGAAAAGAAAAACUACGGCCACAUCUUCUUGUACAUCCAGACGUAUUAUCAGAAUUUGACGGCCUCAACAAGGAAGACCCUAACUGUGUUGUUGUCGGCGACGCUGCGGAAAACUUUUCGUACGAGAAUCUUAAUAAAGCGUUUCGAAUUUUGAUCGAUAUGGAUAAGCCGCGGCUUUUUUCCAUGGGCAGAGGUAAAUACUAUAGAGAGAAAGGAGACUUAGUUUUAGAUGUUGGUGUAUUCACCACAGCAUUAGAAUAUGCUACAGGUGUCUCCGCCGAAGUUGUUGGGAAACCACUUGCCUCUUUUUUUCACUCAGCGCUAUCUGCAAUAGGAGUAAAACCUGAAGAAGCUGUUAUGGUUGGUGAUGACAUUGAAUCAGAUAUCGGGGGAGCACAAGCUUGUGGAAUAGCAGGUAUACUUGUAAGAACUGGUAAGUUUCGUCCAUGUGAUGAAAAGCACCCGAGGGUAAAACCGGAUGUUAUUGUUGAUGAUCUUGCGGAAGCGGUCGAUAUCAUUGUUCAGUCAAGGAAUUAGCUUUAAAAUACAAGCGCUUACAGUUUAAUUUGCAUUUUUGUCUUGUGACAGCAUGUAUGAUAUUAAGAAACUGUAAUACUGUUGAUUUGCACAGCUGUAUGGUGAAUGAAACUUAAGUUGAAAAGUUAAGUUUUGUUGUACCAUCCCCUUAGAUUAUUCCAUGUUACAAAUCAUUUUUGAGAAUAAACUUUAAUCAGAUAUCAAA